GUGCACGCCAUACAGUUCUUGAUAUAUCUCAAAAUAUCAUUUACUUUCAGCAGACUAACAUGGAAUCCACACCUAAGAAGUACGGAGUCGUACUCUAUGAAGGGUUCCAACUGAUUGAUGUCUGCGGUCCAAUCGAUGUCCUCAAUGUCCUAACAACCCACGUUGAAGGCAUCAGUCUCUCCUUAAUUGCCGAAACGAAAUCUCCUAUCUCAACCUUCCCCAAGGAAUGGCCAGAGAAGAUGGGCAUGCCCCCAUUCACGACGUCCCAGACCAUGAUGCCAACUGACGACUUUGACUCCGCUCCACAACUCGAUGUCCUCAUCAUCCCCGGGGGUAUGGGAUGCUUUGACCCAAAUCCUGCCAACGUUGGAAAACCGAAUCCUGCAGUCGUAGACCCAAUUGUCAAGUUCAUCAACAAACAGUAUCCAAAGCUUCAGUACCUCAUCACGGUUUGCACUGGCUCUGGGAUCGCAUCACAGACUGGAAUAAUGGACGGGAAGAAAGCCACGACGUUUAAGGGGGCUUGGAAGGUUAUUCCAGUUUGGCGACCUCAGGUUACUUGGAUUCCGAAGGCAAGAUGGGUGGUUGAUGGGAAUAUCUGGAGUUCUUCGGGUGUUUGCUCCGGGACGGAUCUUAUGUUUGGGUUUGUGAAGGAGAUGUAUGGAGAAAAGGUAGCCAGGGAUAUUGCGGUUUGGAUGGAGUAUCAGAGACAUGAAGAUCCUACUGCGGAUCCGUUUGGGAUUGAGGAGGCUCUGGAAUCUUGAGAGUGGAGAUAGAUAUUGAGUUAAAGACUUUCUUCGAAA